CCCGGAGCUCUGGCUCAGGCUCACGCUGCUGCUCGGGCUCUGCUCCAUGGCCAUGGCUCCGUGGUUGCUCAGGAGCUGCUCGAAGCUGCUCAUGAACUCCCGAGCUUUCUCCAUCUCCUGCUGCAGUUCGGUGAAGAUGGUCUCUGCGUGCGGCCACAGGGUCCUCACUGUGCCCAGCCGGCUGGCCAGGGAGCUGGAGGCGAAGGGUGCGAGGUGCAUCCGGCAAAGCAUCGCUGCUGCUGCUGCUGUUGUUGUUGCUGCUGCUGCUGCUGUUCUCUUUCCAGUGAUCUGGAAGCGUUCUGCCUCGCUGCUGCCGCCGGAGGUUUUUAUACCCGAUUCCCUGGAGGCGUGGCAUUGUCCCGCACAUUACGUCAGCCUCGGGAGAAAAGCUCAGCUCUUUCCAGCCCGUUCCAGCUCAUUCUUGUUACUCAUCCGUGAGGAGAGGCAGGGCUGACGUCGUGCCCGGCAUACCUUCGCCCUGACUCUUACAGCUUUGCUCUCCUGGCUUAUAAUUAGCAGCAUCACCUCAGCCUCCGAGCGGGAUGCCUGAGCCACCCUUGCCAAAAAUCUGUGCCCUUUGCAUUUCCCAGGCACGGAGUGCGUCUGGGCUCGUCUCCUCCCUGCCUCCCCCCACCCUCCCCUGUGUUCCAUUUCCCCCCAUCUGUGCCCAGGCGAUGGCUCCAGGAGGCUGCGUGGGGGGAGAGAGCAUUCUGGAAGGGACACACCCCUGGGCAGGGGAGAAUAAAACCCGCUGCUCCCCUUCCCCAGCCCAGCACGGCUCCAGCCACUGCACCGAGCAGCAGCAGCAGCAGCACAGCCAGGAGCACUCCUCGCUCGGAGCAGAGAUGCUUUGCCGCCUGCACUUUAUGCCGCCCAUGUCCAGCUCACUGUUCCCGUGGCUGGGACCCGUCCGCACCCUCUGGCCACAUCCAGGCACCCUUUUCGCCGAGCUGGAGCGGGAGAUGCGGCUGGAGAUGGAGAGGGCUCGGGAGUUCAUGAGCAGCGUGGAGCAGUACCUGAGCAGCGGGAGCAGCCCCGGCCGGCUCGGCAUCGCCUCCAGCACCAGCGCAGCGCUGCCCCAGAGCUCCGGGGACGGCUUCUCUGUGUGCCAGGACGUGAAGGACUUUGCCCCCGAGCAGCUGUCGGUGAAGGUGGUGGGCAGGAAGGUGGUGCUGGUGGGGCAGAAGGAGACGCAGAGCACGGACGAGAAGGGCUCCUUCUCCUACAAGUACGAGGUGCUGAAGCGGGAGUGGGACGUGCCCGAGGAGGUGGACGCCGAGGCGCUGACCUGCUCCCUGUCCAAGGACGGGCAGCUCCGCAUCGAGGCCCCCAAGCUGGCACUGCCGGCCGCUCCCGAGAGGAAUGUGCCCAUCCAGAUGGGGCCGGCGGUGGCACAGCAAGCUGGCAGCGCUGAGGAGGGAGCCGAGCGGGCCAAGGCGUGAAGAGGAGCGACGGGGACCAGGCUGAGCCUGGCGACAACGGGGGCAGCUGCUGGCCGCAGAGCGGGACCGCGCCAUGGCCCGGGGCGUGGUGUCUGCCCGAAACAUGUGGCUUUUUUUGAUAUGUAAUAAAUAUUCCUAACUUUUA